AUGGCUCACGCAUCAGCCCUGGCCGUGUUCUCACGCCUACCAUACGAGGUAUGGGAGAGGAUUUGGGAAUGCUUCGCCCAUGUAAGUACUGAUACAAACUACGACGACCUCAUAUCUCCGAAACAUCCAAAAACAGACAUGCGUAUCCUACGCAAUAGUUGGUAUAUCUGUGAAGAAGUAAAAGAGUUAUCUACAAGAGGUGCCACCUGCAACUGUGCGCAUCGCACCAUUACGACCCACUGGAUAUGGAUUCGCCUCAGAAAAAUUGGAUGGUCUUCUCUUACACCACUGGGUAUCGUCAAUCCAGGCAGAGGCUAUGUGGGUGCUAAGUGGCUUGCAAAAUGCCUCGGAUCAUUUAUUUUGCCUGAUCCUGGGCGGAAGGGGGACUUCUGCGUUUGGAAGAGACUUGUCGACCUCGUGGGACUUACGAAGGGUUGGGGCAUUACCAAGCAGUUGAUCAUUCGACUUGGGAAGAUCGGUGAGGUGAAAUGGUGGGAUACGGAGGGACGCAACGGAAAUUCGCCCGAGAUAAUUGACAAAGAUGCCAUUAUGCUUCCUUUCUGUUCUCUACUGAAUGUGAAGAGCCUUCGAAUCGAAACAUAUUCUAAAGAAUUCACGGCCGUCAUCUAUAGCUCGCAAACCAUCUGCCGCGAGAUUUUAAACGUGGGCAACCGGAUCAACAAUCACACUAACUCGAACGAAAAGAUUACAGAAGGUGUUGGCCCGCGACUGGUACCGCAAGCUCAAUGA